AUGGGGCGAGAACAUUUGAGCAACGAUGAGUUCUUUGCAAAACUCGCCAACCUCUUCGAAUACACACGAACAAAAGGCCACGGCAGCGUCUACCUUGUACAGAAGCGCAUGACAUUCGGUACCACUGCCACCCCACCUCCAGCCAACAAGAUUUCCGAUGAUCCGUUAUGGGACACCCAUCCUGAAGACUCGCUGCCUGUUUUGAUCCGCGCGCACAACAACAAGAGCGACAAGAAAGCAGGGACAGACAGGAAAAACGUCGACAAAAUAGAGUUGAGCACAGUGGUAAAACCGGAAGACUUGGACGGAUUCUAUGCGCGAUAUGCUGAGGCAUGCAAGGCAGGCAUGAGUGGAUUGAAGAAGCGAGACAAGAAGAAGGCGAAGAAGACCAAGAAAAAGAAGAAGGUGGAGACAAAGGCAUAA